GGCGGGGCGGGAACAGAAGCGCCCUCCUCGGGCUCUCGGCGUGGCCGUGCUCGCGCUCCCGCCAAAAUCAAGCCCGGGACCUUUGGCGUGGCGAGUUCGCCCGCCUAAACACUGUUGGCCUCAUUCCAAAAACCAGUUUUGUUUUAUUUCUAAAUUAACGUCGGCUCUUUUUUCCCUGGCGACGUCUGGAGAAGGGCAGGAAAAUAGCUUUUAUCAGCGUGUUAUGAUGCCAUCUCUUACCAAUCUGGCUACUGGAAUCCCCGGUAGUAAAGUGAAAUACUCAAGGCUAUCCAGCACAGAGGAUGACUAUAUUGACCUUCAGUUUAAGAAAAGCCCUCCUAAGAUACCUUAUAAGGCCAUUGCACUUGCCACUGUGCUGUUUUUGAUCGGCGCCUUUCUCAUUAUCAUAGGCUCUCUCCUGCUGUCGGGCUACAUCAGCAAAGGGGGGGCAGACCGGGCCGUUGCAGUCCUGAUCAUUGGCAUUCUGGUGUUCCUGCCGGGAUUUUACCACCUGCGCAUUGCCUACUAUGCAUCCAAAGGCUACCGGGGUUACUCCUAUGAUGACAUUCCAGACUUUGAUGACUAGCGCCCACCUCAGCCCUGCGGAUAAAAGUCACAGUGGAACUGUACCCAGCUUUAAGAUAUUGAGCAGAAACUAUGGCUAAGGGCUAAGGAAUUCUGCAGUUUGCAGAUGUUUAACAAAACAAUGGCCAGAUUUUAUGGGUCUAUCCCAAAGACGUUAACUGAGCUUACAAUUAGCUUAUUAGGAUAUGCUCUAUCAUUCAUCUUCCAGCCCUAGCCCCGGCAAAAGCUCCUGACAAGUUUUUCCACGUGGGUAUAUAUCAUGGAAGAAUAUAUACUGUCUGGGGGAGUUAGAGGUCAUUGUGUAGUGAGAAGUGCUGUGGCUGCCACCCUCUUAAAAACUGAGCAUUUCUUUUACAUAC